GCGGAUAAACAGUAUUUGCUCGUCGUUGCUCUUCUAGAAGGACGUCACUUUCCUCGUCGUCCUCAACGUCGUCUGGUCGUCGAGGCUCGCUUUGACGGCGAAUGCUUGUCGACAGAUCCAGUUUUUCACGAGCAAAUGCCGGACAUUAAUACCGAGUUGGCGUGGGAGAUAGAAAAGAAGUCGUUGAGGCAGCACAGACUGCAGAGGACGCCAAUCAAACUGCAACUUUUUGCCGUCGAUAUUGCGUCGACUCACAGAGAAAUGGUUGGAUAUGUUAUGCUAGAUUUGCGGAGUGCAGCACAGAGGAGUCCAAGUAAGGCAGUGUGGCAUCGAGUAUUGAGCUCUCCAUAUUCAAAGCUAAAACCUGAGGUAAAGAUUCAACUGACGCUAGAGAGCGAAGAAGAUUCUCUGGCCCACAGCACUUCAGCAAAGCCAUUUGUGGCUCGACCAGCUCCUCGGAGACAUCGUCAAGAAGCACAAGAUGGUUCGUCUACACCACUAGAAGAGAGCGAAGAAGAGAGUCAAGAAGAAAGUGUACCAUAUCAACUGAUGAUGAAUGAGGAUGAAGGGCACUUUCAGUUGGGUCCAUCUCAGCAAUCAAACCAGAUUUUUCUUCUCUCUCUAACAAUAAGAAGUGCGGCUAAUCUUGCUCAGUUGAUUCCCUCGAAUUUUCGUCUUCCUGGAUCUUCAUAUAAAGAUGAUCAAGCUAAUGAAGAGGGAGAGCAGCGAGGAUAUUACUUUCUUUUCUCGCUUGUUGGAAACGAAAUUGUGAAUGAGCCAUUCUGGGAUCUACUCAAUCCAGACUUUGCAGUUGAAAAAGCUACCGUGAGGAUUAGGUGCAAUGUCGAUGUGAUUAAAACAUUUUUAUCCAGAGAGCCGGAUGUUGAGAUACAGCUGGCUUGUCGAGGUCAACCGUUGGGAGUGGCUCGUGUUCCUAUUAGUAAACUGGUGAUGCAAGAUCGAAUGAUAGUAGAAGGUUUUUUUCCUAUCGUUUCACCUCAAAGACAUUCAGCCAAGGGAGAGCCACAGCCACUUGUUGGUAUCACUUUGAAGCUUGAAGUGGAAGACGAUGCCAUUGUGACUGCCAUAGAGGAUGAUGUGGCUGCUCUAGCUAGCCAUUCUCAACCCGUAUUAGACGCAACAGACACAGCUGCUUUACGAAGAAUGGAGACGGAGGUUUUGACAGACGAUAGACAAGAAAGCAGUGAUUCUCCUCAUCAGCACAUAGUAGUUAUGCCAACGAAUCGUCCAACACAUACGCAUCAAAUGCAGGAAGAACAGCAAGGUGGUGUUACUGGUUUAAUACAGUCAUCUGAUCAUGGAGUUUCUGUCCAAGCAGAUGACAUUUUGCAUCGAUUUUGUUAUUCUGUUGACUUGAGAAGUGUUAAGGAUCUGGACGUCACACCAGUUGGCACUGUGGCUUUUGUGUAUCUGAGAUAUACAUACCCAUUCUUUGGCAGUUCAUCACCAGUUAUGACAAGUCCAGCUGUAGAAGUAAGGCGGCAUGCUGAGCAGAGACUUUCCAGAGGAUUUUGUGCUUUUGAGUUUGUCACCUCACCUCGGCAACUAAGCGAAUCUUUGCACAGGCUGCCAUUGAAAGUAGAAGUGUGGCAUAGAGACCAACAUUCUGCUGAUGUUCUAAUUGGAGUCGCUGAUGUUUCUCUUGCUUCUGUGUAUGGUGAGAACAAGGUAGUUGUUGAGGGUGGUCAUCGCAGUGGCUGGAGACAAUCAACUGCUAUGACUGUGCCGAUUUCUCGAGUGGAAGGACUUCAACAAAUAGUUGGUGAAUUGAAGGCUACGUUGGCUCUUGACGAUCUUGGCCCAAUUACUUCAUCCAUGGCGGAGAGCUUGGCUUGCCUCAGUGGUCAUUCAAGUGGUGUUACAAAAGAUGCUGCGGUCAGUGAUUCAACUGUUCCAGAGAGUGAGAAUGGUGCUCAGUACAUUAGCCAUCAACAAAGACAACUGUUUGGCAGUGGGAAAAUGGUUGAUGUUCGUGGUGGUCUUGAAUAUCAAGCAGCAUUAGAGCUAGAAGUGUGGAAGGAAGAAACUGAGCAGAGGUUUCUUGCUCAGUUAAAAGAAAAAGAAAAUAAACACAUGAAAGCAUUAGCUGAUGAGUGGAAACGACGCGACAAAGAGAGAGAAACAAUAUUUCAGAAAAGGGUUGAUGAAUACUCUUGCUUAAAAGAGAAACUGGAGAAAGAAGUUCACGAACUGAGAAAACGAGAGCAACAACUAGUACUCGGUGAACAACAGUUACAGCACCAAUGGUCUGUACUUGAUCAUGAACGAGAUCAAAUGAAACAAAGAAUGAAGGAUAUUGAGAAACGAACACGUGACACGUUCGAACAUCAACUAGAACUUGAGAGGCUACGAGUUCAAGAGUUAGAUGAGCAGAAGAAGCAUGUGCAAGCUCAGGUUGUUGAAUGGGAGAGACGUUAUGAUGCAAAAGUUGCUGAGUUUGCUUCAUUUCGGGAACUGCAACACUCGAAGCCUGAAAUUCAACUUCAAUCUGAGAUCAAUAUGCUUAAUCUGGAGAAGGUUGAGUUAGAGCGAAAGGUUGAGUCUCUAAAUAAGUCAAAGCUGCACUACAAACAACAGUGGGGAAGAGCUUUACGAGAAUUGUCUGUCCUCAAGCAGCAAGAGCAGGCAGAUGCUCGUGCACGACUGAAGAAACAGCAGAAAGAAUUAGAACACAUGAGGCUUCGUUAUCUGGCACAUGAAGAGAAGGAAGUGAUGCAGUCAGAGAAACAGGAGCUACACGACAUAAAACAAGAGCUCGACAAGCUUCGUAACGAGAGGCAACCCGUACGAGAAAGAGACACGAACGAGGAUAGAAAUUCAAAGAAUAUAUCAACCAAUGGAAUCGAUUCUGACCAACAGCGUGCGCUAGAGGAGGCGGAGCUUGAUAACCGGGUAGCCCGGAUGAUAGAGGAAAGAGACACACUAAUGCAGACGGGUGUGUACUCAACCAGCGAUCGUAUCAUUACAGAACUAGACAGGCAAAUAAGGGAGACAUUAGACCUAAAAGCCAGAAGGACAUAGAGUCCAGCA